AAUACGUUGAAUGCAUUGUUUGAAAAAAGUACAAAUUGUUUUUGUUUUACUCUGUUUUAUAGGAAGUGAAGCUAUUUUAUAAUGAAAUUACAUAUUAAUUAGAUAUAAUAUCGUUUUAUGUAUAUUUUGUUAAGUUUUUAAAGUUAAGUUACUACAUAUCUAUCAAAAUAAAUGUCAAGAUGACUUCUGAAGUUGAAGCUUUGAAAACAAAUGAAUUUUUACGACGACGAAAGCUGAGAAUUCAGCAGGUUAGAGAACAAUCAAAAGACAUUGCUAAAAAAAUAAGACAACGCGCUUGUGCUGAGAAGUUCCGGCAUCUAGAGAGCUUCGAUGCGGCUAAAGCAAAGGAAUAUUUAGAACAACAAGACAAGUUGGUCAAGAAAUUGGAACAUUUAUGUGCUAAAGGCCUUGGGAAUGUUGGUGCAAGCCAUAAGAAAGCCAGUCAGUUGACCCAAAAAGAAGAUAAACCUGAAAAAAUAGAUUUGUCGAGACAACGUGGCAGAGAAGCAGCUGCUGAACUCAGAAAAAAAAAACAAGAGGAGUUAGAUGACAGAAAAAAAUCACUGGACCGGAAGUUGCAGGCUAGAGAAAUAGCAAACGAGAUCAGUAGAGAGAAAGCAUCCACUAUUGCUAGUAAACUAUCAAAAACUAGUGUCAAAACUCCUGAAGACCCUGACAAUAGAGCAGAAAACCUUCAACAGCAAGCAUCCACUUCUGACCUUGCUAGUAAUGAUAAAGGGAAAUCAGAUACAGUGACUGCUGAUAUGGCUACACAAUGGGAUUAUGAAGGAAUGCCUAAUGAAUGGGAACCUCACAUACCAACAUUGUCCUUACCCAAGGAUGAUAGCUCAUUCUCCCCUAAAACUAUUGACAACAAGUCUGAGCGAACAAAGAGACCCAAUCUUUUUGCACUCAGCGAUGAAAUGCCGUCCAGUUUACGUGGAGGACUCACAAUUGUUCCUGAAGAGAAACCAUUAGGCAGACCAUCUUUGACACUGGUCUCUGAUUAUAUUCAACACAGGGAUCUCCGGUUGCGUGAACCUGAUACAGCAAGUUGUAGCAAAAAACCAAAUGAUGACUUACAGAGCUUAAAGCAAACAAUAAUGAGGACCAGAGCGGCGAGAGCUGAAGGUAGUUACUUAAAUCCAGUCUGUCACGUAGCCGAUGUGCAAGUGGUGCCAGUGCCAUCCUGGCAAGCCGAGAUAAACUGUGGAUUUUGUACCCACCACCUUACUCAUCACAAGCACAAAAAGCCUAUCGAAGGAAAAGAGUUUAAGUCCAUUCCUAAUUCACAAAUUAAUAGGAUUUUUAGCUCAAUUAGACCUCCAAGGCAUGAUUUACUGCCAAGCCCAGUUCUCAGAGGGUCUAGUCCUUUCCGAAGAAGCAAAGUUGGCCCUGGAACUUUUUCAGCAAAGGGAAGUGGUAAUGAAAAGCCCACAAAGUUGGGUAGUCAAGAAAGUGCUUUAACUAAGAAAAGUUCUGUGACAAUGUAUAACCAUUCUACUAGAGAUUUAAAGGAUGUGCCUUAUGAAGAGAAAAAGCAUGUUGUUCGUGACCCACAGGAUCAUGAGGAUGCAUACUCCCAGGCUGUGAAGGAGAAUACCUCUGAGACAGUUUUCAAAUCAAAGGAACAUCAUAAAGUACAAGACAUGAGAAGCAAAGUUGCAAUGACGAAACAAAAUGUGGAAAAAGAGUACAAGGACACCAUGGCCUUCUUGAACUCCCUGCCAAAAGACAAAUCUAAACCUAUUAGGAAUGCCUACAAAGAUGAACAACAAAUGCUUAUGGCGAAGGAGUCUCGACAAAGGAAGUUACAACAGGAGUUUAGAAAGAUCCAAAGGGAUUGCAGGAGACAUCCUAACACAAACUCUAAUAGUCGUCGGCAAUCAAAAGUUCCUUUAAAUGACGACACUGAUGGUGGGUUCAACGCGAGAGAUUUCCAAUACUCUUGGAUGCCUGUACCGGAGAGCGAUGGGAACCUCGCCAUACACACGAUACCCACUAGGCUAAAGGAACAAAAACAAGGAAGUGCUGUGAAAUUUAGCAAAAUUGAUACGUAUCAUGAGUACCGCUCGCGGCACAAACAUACACCUCCCACUAAAGACACUGCCAGCUACGAAAAACAGAAGGUCCUCGUAAUAGAUGAAGAGAGUAAAGCAUCAGAAUCAUCGUCGUCUGAUUCCGAAACUAGCUCUGUCGAAAACAUGGAACUGGAUACUGACAAGAAGCAAAGUCGUACUGAAGCUACCGAGAAGUUAUCUGAUGCAGAGAGAAUUAUAAUCUGCAAGAUUGUAGACAACAACUCAGAGAAGAAAGACAAAGCUAAGAAAAAAAGAAAGUUCAUAAAAGAAAUUGCUAAGUCUUUGAGCUAUUUGAGUAAGGACAAGGUUGCUAGUAGUCAUGCAAUCCCUGAAGAAGUUAAUAGUAUAGGUAAACGACUGACCCAAAAUACUGAGGCUAUAUCUUUUGAACAUUUAAAAGAAGGUGUCUACAAGACAGUGAACGAGAAUGGGGACAAUGUGGCUUCAGUACAUUUCAAAGACCCUUCUAGGGAAGCAAGUAGAAUUCAACAUGAAAGUGGAGUUAACACUACUGCUUCAAGGUGUCCAAAAUUCCGUAAAGACCGUGGAUGUGGAUGUCAUGGUGACCCAGCAGAGAACAUCAAACUUCUGAAUGCAUCUUCUAACUCCACGUCAACUUCGUCUUUCAAAACUGCUACCAAUGACAAAGGCACUUCUUUAUCAGAUAACGGUCUCAAAUUUGCAGAUGGGACUACCAAACUACCGGAGUUGCUUGACGGUGGUUUUAUAAAACUAGUCGACGACAAAGGUCAUGAAUCGGGCAAAUUCUAUGUUGGUGCUACUGGAUUUCUUAAAGAUGAUGCUUACGAAGUUGUUAUACAACUCAGAAAGAAAGGCGAUACUGCAACGGACAAAAAAGAUACCCAGAGCGAAGCAGAAGAUAAUGCUUCUAAAGUACGGCAGCAGUUAGAAGAUAUGCAUUUACAAGAAAGUCAACAAGCACAGCCCGCAUCUACAGUGAGAUCUACAACUGAACACAAAUCGUUAGGAGAAAGUUCACAAAGUCCGGUAAAAGUGGCUGCCGAGUCUGGUACGCCUGUACAAGACAAGACUACAGAAAAUCAAGAAGCAUGUAUUCAAAAUUCUUCUGUCGUCCAUCGUAUUGAAGAACAAAUUGCUAAUGUAGACUAUCAGGAUAAUAUAACAACACAAAAAAAUGAGGAUAGCAAUUGCGUUAAUAAAGCCGUCUUGACACUUAACCAGGACUCUUUUGCGAUUUCACCUGAAGUACCCAAAACCGAUUCUAUUACCGUGAAGCCUGGCAAUUCUGUUAGCACUCAAACAACUCUUGGUUCCCCAGAACACAGACCAAUGUACAUUCAGAUGAGCUCUUCUACAUCAACUGCCUACAUGAGCCCACCAGAAUUAAUCUUGCCAACGUUUUUGACACAUGGCUAUCACGUGAAUGUUGAUGAAUCUAGUAUGGGCAGUAAACGAGAUGCAAGUGUCACAUUACCAGCAGAAAUGUCUACAAGAAAAAGAGAAAGCUCUGCUAAACAAUGUGCACAUGCAAAGCAAGGCAAAGCAAAGUCAUCUAGUUCAUCACCGAAUAGUAAAUCUAAACAGACAAGUAAGAAAAUAAAAGCACCUCCAAACUCUUUACAAAGCACAUCAUCUUUACGUAAUUAUGAUAACUUAGAACAAAUUUGGAAAAAGAAGAUUAAUACGACAACCUCAUUUUCUAGAACAUCUAAAAAAUGUCGCAAAUGUGAAAAACGUGCCGAUCCUAAAACUAAUGUCAAAACUCACUGUAGAAAAUUAAGACAAAAUAAUGUUCCAUAUAAAGGAUUUUCUGGAAGUCAAAUGAGACGCAUUAAUUCUAUGGCUGCAUAUUUAUCAAGAAAUCAAACUUUCAGUAGCAAGAAUGCACGCGACAGCAAAAGAGGUAAAACUGACCUUAAUCCGGUAAUAAAGUGGUACGUAGAUAAAUUGUUGAAGCUAAACAGGGAAGGGCUUAAAGCUGUAAAAGUUAUGAAUCAAGAUUGUAGCACAGUUUCAACUCCUGGCAGCUCUAUAGUUAACGUUCCUAACAAUAUUGAUGAGAAUUGCCAAACGAUGGUGGAAGCUGCAAUUUCUUUGGAACAGAUCAAACAAUCAAUUACGAAGACAGUCUUAAACAAAUGUGAUCAUCACGUAUAUCGAAAACAUGACUCGGAUGGGGAUAGUGACACUAAGCGGUACAAUAUAGCCAGAAAGUAUUUAACAAGGCAACCUAGAAGAAAAAUAGUUCAUAAAGUAAAAUCUCUUAAUAUUUCUCGAAGCCUACUUUCCAAUAAAACAGCUACCUGGCGUGAAGCAAUUUCGAAUGCCCAAUCGGUGAUACCAACUUCUGAGACAUCUUCUUCUAGAAACUGUAAAGAAGACAAAAACUUAUCUACGUUGAUUAGAACAAAAUGUCGCAGUAAAAGUUCACCUUCUCCAAGAAGAAGUGCCAGCGAAGAAAUAAGACGUAAUGAUAAUUUAACAGAUUUUAAUAUAUUCAAAGAUAUUGUUAAAAUAAAUAAAGUAAGUGAAGCCGGAAAGAAAGAUAAACUAGGUCAAAAUAAUGAGAAAAGAUCAGACGUAUUUCGUAUCACAAAUUCCUCUCAAGACGAUGUUGUAAUCUUAACUACAGACUACGAUAAGAAUUUGCAACAGCAAGCUUCUAUUGAACCGCUUAAUAUUUCAACUCAAACUAGCCGCAUUAUUGACGACGAAAUAAAUUUUAUGAGAUUAGCUGAAGAUAAACUUCAAAAUAUGGAAAAAAUUGCCGAUCUCACAGAGAGAUGUACUCAAAGACUCUCAAAUCUUGCAAAAGUUCUUGAAGAAGUCAGAAAAAAUAAAUCGUUGGCUUAUAGCCAGGUAUCGGAUUCUGCAUCAGAUAUCGACCGCGCUUCUGGUAUAAAUUCUGAUACACAAGUACCAAUUGCGACAUAUGAGCCAGUUGUAGAAAUAAAAGAAAAGAGCACCCCAGGCCCGUCGGUGACAAAUUCGGCUAAUGUUUCUCAAAAUGAAACAAAUGACUUACCACUAGUAAAUCCAGUGAAUUCUCCACCAAGAAAAUCUAUCAUCUCACCUACACCAAAACCUACUCAUUCACAGACACCCAAAGUAGUCGAAGAGGAUAAUAAAGAUGUUGGGUAUACGCCAUUUUUAACGGAUAUUCCUAAACCUGCUAAGCCAACACCACUUACCCCUCCGAACAACACUCAAAAUAAAACACCGCAAAUACUUUCUCCAAAUUUCACUGUUGGUGAACACAUUAGUAUUAAAAGUAAAGGAAAGCCUCCUCCUGCUUUAUCUCGGAGAUGUCUAAAACGUGCUCCCAAUUAUGUGAUUCCACAUGAGUUGUCGACAGUUAUUGAAGUAGACUCUCCUUUAAGUGUGAAGGCAAAGAAUCAUUCCGCGCGCAAUGACACAGAUCAAGAAGUAACUAACACUAAAUUUAAAGAAGAUGCCUCUCAAAGCAAAGAAAAUAGUGUUAAUCCUGAUCUACUUCAAACCAACAUUAAUAUGUCUCGACAAAAAGGAAAAAUAUCUUCAAAUGAUUCAUCUGACGAUUCGAGAUUGCAAAUGAUGGAUUUAAAACAAUUCAAUGAGAUAAUGUUGAGGCCAUUCAUUAGUAUCCAAGAUUAUGCGAAGCAAUGCAACAUAGAACCACUUGAAGAAGGGUCAAACAUUGAAAAUCUUCAAAGGGACGAUGCAAUAAACGAUGAUUUGAGUUCUCUACACUCGGAUGGCAGUCUUCCAGAUGUCAUUGCAGAAUUAUUAAAACGAAACAUUAUAAGUGAGCCUUUUAAAUUUGAUAGUCCAUCUAAUGUAAAUUCUACGACAGUGUCCUCCGAAUCUACUCUGUCAGUUUUAGCUUUAUCAAAAGUUAAAAAAGAUAAAAAGAAAUCAAACGAGCUAUUAUAUUCCAAUAAAGAAAACAUAGAGAGUUCUGAUACAUUAAGUAUGUCGUCCAACCCAGACCUCGAAAAUGCUUUCAAGAAACUUGGUAUGGGUUGGGCUUCUUCUACUUUGAAGAAGACCAAGGAGCACCUAGCCCUUUCAUCUUCUUCUAAUACAUCUAGUUCCAGUAUGUCACAAUUCAAAAUAAAAAGUGUGAGUAAUCAGAAUUUCCCAGCGUUAGUAACAGAUUCUGUGUCUUCAGUACUGAAUGCAUCUAAUGCACCGUCAUCGGGAAAAGUUGCGGCCGAUUGUACUAAACACGCUGAGCAACAGACUUCUAUGAUAAACUCUAUGACUGUGAAACAGUUUCUAAAUAACGAAUUGGCUAAACGAAUAACUUUUACCAAUAAAUCACGAAGAAGUGAUAGAGAAGAGGAAUUUGUUUCUUUGUACGAAACUAAAAUACCUGAAGACAUGAAGCACACCUCUAGCUUGAUUCGCGAAGAGCGUUCUAUUGAUAGUAACGCUAGAGCGCGAACUUCUACGCCUGUUCAAAUCUUCAAAUCUAUGACGUAUCACUCUAGUUCCAGUUCCAACAUAUCUAAUGGUUUAUUCAGUAACGCUGACGACCUAUCUUCCGUGAAGGGAACUUCGAACUCAAUGAGAAAUCAUUCUACAUCUGACAAAGAUGACCUAACCAUCCCCAAUUUUAGUUUGCGGACAAAAAAAGGUUUGUCAGAUCACAGUGAGUGAUAAUUGGACUUAAUGAUACCCCAUUAUGUUUGAAUAGGUUUUGCAAAUAAAAAUGUAAAUUUACAGGGCAUAAUGCAAGUAAUGUUAAUUGUUGGACAUAAUAUAAUAUUUUCGAAUAAAUCAGUGAUAUUUGUAUUA